AUGAGCGGUAAUCCCUGCAACACGUGCCGCGAAGGCCUCUCCGGCGAGACCCACCCGCUCUACAAACCGCACUGCAUCACCUGCGAUGAGCUGCAGCAGAUCACUGGCUGCACCGAGCGCCUCAACGCGAUCGUUAUGACGAUGGCGAUUGAGCGCGAGCCCGAAGUCAUGGAAGCGCACGGCAUCGAGCUUCCCCCCGAGCGCAUGAAGCACAUGGAGGACCUGGCCGCACUCAUCAUCCUCCGCAAUCAAGAGAUCAUCAGCCUCUCGCAACGCCAGAUGGAACACUCCCAGGAGCGAAUCGAGGACGUACAUCGUCGACUGAUCCUCACCGUGCUCAACGCAAAUCACAAUCUGCUGCAGGUGAAGAAUCUUUGGAAAGAGAUUUUGGACGAGGUCGACGAUGAGAUUUUGUGGAUCCACGAUUUGGAGGACCGAAUGGAGGUGAGGGAGGCGUGGAAGGUCGAAACGGACCGAAUCGAGGCGGCGAUCGACGAGAUGGAUGUCGUUUAUGGGGAGCUUGCCGAAUGUCUCGAUCUGUAA